AACAAUGGUCCUGUACAUGGCCAUGUUGAAAAUCUAGUUUGAGGAGGGAAAGCUGAGGCAGCUUUUGGCAUCUUGCCUCAACAUUGAUGUAUCAUAGUUGUAAAACCAAUUGACUGUUUUGAUAAGAAAAAUAAAAGGAACAGGACAUCACUGGACUCAUAUUUUCACUCAGUUCUCUUUCAGCUUCUCCAUAGACCACAAUAAAAUCUGCUCCUCACCAGGGACAUAAGCUCCUGAAUAACAACUAGAGAAAAUCAAUUCACACGGACUUCUUUAGUUUCCUGCAUCACCCAAAAUCUACAGUUGGUCUAAUGAGCCACUACGCAGAGUGUGCAGAACCAGAUGAGGAUUACAUCCCUCCACGGGUUAAGCUGAGUGAUGAUACAUUUAUCUUUGUAGAUGGCAAGUGGGUGAAUGAGGCCUGCCAUCAACCACCCUUCCCUUCCCACCAGAAACAUUUCUUCAAGAAGACGCAGAAUGAAUGGACACUCUGGGAGGAGAACAAAGCUCUCUGGAAGGAGAAUAAGGCCCUUCGGAUUGAAAACAAGACCCUCCGGGAAGAGAAUAAGGCUCUUCAGUGCCUGAGGACACAGAAUAAGGCCAUCCAGGUUAUCUAUGAUGAGACUCUCCAGCAGGUCCUCCAGAAGGAGAAUAAGCCCUUCCCAAUCUUCCGAGAUAGGGCUAUAGGUUCCCAGGUCAAUCGAGAUAACAUGGCUCUUCAGGUUGUUCGGGAUAAGAAUAGAGCUUUACAAGUCUUCCAGAAAGAAAACAAAGCAAUCCCAAUCUUCCGGAAAGAGAACAAAGAUGCCCCAAUUCAGGAGAAGAGCAAAGAAGGUGGAUCAGACUUCCAGGAGGAAAGCAAAGCUGCCCCAGCCACAGAUGAGGAUAUGGUUGGCCCAGCUCUCCAGAAGGACUCUGAAGCUGUUGAGGAAAUCAGGGAGGAGAGCACAGCUGAUCCAGUCCAGAAGGGAAACCAUAUUGCCUCAGCUAUUCAGGAGGAGAAUGUGGCUCUCCAGGCUAUCCUGAACUUAAACCAGAUCCUCCAGACCCACCUAAAAGAGAAUUUUUCCAUUCUAGAAGAGAAAAAGAACAUCCAGGUUCUCCAGGAGGAGACCAAGCGCUUCCAGGAAGAGAACAACAAGCUGAAGCUGCAGCUAGCUGUAGUGAAAGGCACAAUGUCAGAGGUUAUGGCCCAUAUGGAAAUGCUGCAAAAGGAGCUCAGUGACCUUAGUGCCACAAAGUAUGAUGAGAUGAGGAAGCAGAACAGCUGCUGGUAAAAGAGUAUCAUCAAGGAGAGCCUCAAAACUUAAAGCUGAAGACCUCUUACCUCAAUCUGCUAGGAAAGCUCUCUUCUUCUCAGAAACCUAAUAAAG